AUGGUGUUUGGAAAAGGGUCAACCAAAAAAUCGAACCUUGACCGGUUCCUUCAUUGCACAACACCUGUCGUGCCUCCCCAAUCUCUCCCCAAGGCGGAGAUUAGGAGUUUGAAUCGGAUUUGGCAUCAAUCGGAGAGAGAAAAGGUUGAGUUUUUCAGAUUGAGUGAUCUUUGGGAUUGUUACGAUGAAUGGAGCGCUUAUGGAGCUGGUGUUCCAAUUCAUCUCUCCAAUGGAGAAUCUCUUGUUCAAUAUUACGUUCCUUAUCUCUCUGCUAUCCAGAUUUUCACCUCUCGCUCUUCCUUGAUCCGCUUAAGGGAUGACUCUGAAGAUGGAGAAAGCGAGACGAGAGAUUCGUUUAGUGAUUCGUAUAGUGAUGAGAGUGAAAGUGAUAAGCUUUCAAGAUGUGCCUCUGACGAAGGAUUUGAGCAUGACGCUUUCUUGCAUCCCAAUGAUCGUUUGGGCUAUCUUUAUCUUCAACACUUUGAGAGAUCAGCUCCUUAUGCUCGUGUUCCUCUCAUGGAUAAGAUCAAUGAAUUGGCUCAAAGGUAUCCAGGACUGAUGUCGUUGAGAAGCGUAGAUCUUUCUCCAGCAAGCUGGAUGGCUGUAGCUUGGUAUCCGAUUUACCAUAUUCCAAUGGGGAGGACAAUCAAAGAUCUGUCCACUUGUUUCCUCACUUACCACACUCUUUCAUCUUCUUUCCAAGAUAUGGAGCCGGAAGAGAAUGGAGGGGAGAAGGAGAGGAUGAGGAAGGAAGGAGAAGGAGUGACUCUACUUCCUUUUGGGUUAACGACUUACAAGAUGCAAGGCAAUGUAUGGCUCUCGGAAGACGAUCAAGGUCAAGAUCAGGAGCGAGUUGUGUCGCUUCUGAGUGUUGCUGAUUCUUGGCUUAAGCAGCUAAGAGUCCAACACCAUGACUUCAACUACUUCUCAAGAAUGGCUUACCGUGGCUAA